UUGAUGACGACAAACUUGCGCGACCUAGAAGAAAGUCAGGAACAAACUUCGCUAACUGGCAGGUUUCAAGCUUGGCGCUAGCAAUGGGGGACAUGAAGACCCCAGAUUUUGAUGAUUUGCUGGCAGCUUUUGAUAUUCCUGACAUUGAUGCACAAGAAGCCAUUCAGUCUAAUCCAGAGGAGCAACGGGAUGAUGUGGGAACUAGUGCUCCUGAGACCAAAGGUGGGAUUCCUCCUUGCUUUUCUGGUCCUGCAGUCCAUCAAAGUGAGCCCCCAGUUGUCAGUGUCAUUGUUAAGAACAUGGUGCGCUCAGAGUCUUUGGAAGGGGAGCAGAAGUCCAUCAAGAAACUAUCGGACAGUCCUUCAAGCAGUGCCUUAGCCUCUCAGAUACCUGACCUAACCUUACAGCUUAGUCCCAAACUGUCUGCCAGUGCUGCCAUGGAGCCCCAAAUUGCCAAUGGAUUUGAAGAGGCUGCCCCCAGCAAUCAAGAACAAUCCAACACACAAUCAUGGUCCCAGUCAUCACCUUUUGGAUCUACAAUGAAUGAUAAUGGGGGUGAUCAAGGAGCUGAACCUGGAUCUGUCCAGUGCACAACUGAUGUCAUUAACAGUAUAAGGCCCCUCCUGUACCCACAGUCUUCAUCCAAUACCGGUACCACUGCAUCAUCUCCUCAUUCCUCACCCUCUAUUAGCACACACCUUUCACCUCGCCUCCAUCAGGAUGAUGAUGCAUGUCCUCGUGGUAACCCAGUGUCUUCUAGUUUACCUCAAAAUGGAAACAUUAAAAAUGAAAAUAAGCAUAUUAUAGACACAGAUGAUGAUUCAGAACCAGACUUAGGAAGUCCAUUGGUGAUCCAGGAGAGCCCAGAAUCUGUAACACCCACCCUUCCCAAAUUGAAAUACACAGCAAAGUUACAUUCUGAUAUUUUUGGGUCUCCCGAAAAUGAUUGUCUUGUUCCUCAUCCUACUAAUGUCUGUUUCCUUCCGACACCAACACACGAACCCCACCUUAAGGAAGAUGGGCAGCCUACCACUGCUAGCUCUUCUGUGUCAGGACCACAAUCUCAGAAUUCCCAGGAUAGCAAAAGCUCUACCAUGGUAGACGAAGAGAAAUACCCAGAGCAUGUGAUUGAUGAGAGAGACUCGCCUGAGAGCCCCCCACCCAGUGAGACAGGUCUGAUACUCACCAAUAGAAAAAGCAGCCCUGAUUUGGGCUCAACAGCAAGUCCAACUUUGGAUCACAAGGAACUCCAUCAACAAGAAGAGCUCAUGGAAGUUGAGCACAGUCAUGAGGAUAAGUCAGGGGACACAGACGAACUGAGUGAAAAAGUGGCUCGAAAUGGGGAUAAACCAAAUGAGGAGAACUGUGAUGCAGGAAGUGACAGUACAGGGACUUGUAGUGCAGCAGAGACAGCUUCAUCUCCACUGAGACCACUCAAAGUUAAAAUCAAAAUGCCUACUGGUAGCAUCACAAGGACUGUGACAGGUGGGAUGCCUAAAAGAAGUGGAAAAACCUCUUUAAAGGAUGUGGAGAAUCCAAAACCUUCACCAGAACUUCAUAACACUAGAUCCAAAAAGGAGUUAUUUCAGCAACUCGAGUUACCUGUUGGAGCAACACUUGAAAGUGCCAGUUCAGUUAAAGAGAAAAACUUAGUGGCGAUUAAACCCAAAGUUUCCCCCACAGCCGUGAACAUCACAAAAACUGCGGCACUACCUUCCGUGUCCUCUUCCAGAGUUGCCCAAGGUGCAGUCAACCUCCGCAGCCUUGGUCAAAAAACUCUCAACAGUGGGAUGACCCUGCCGGCACCUUUACCUCUACUCCCCCCUCAAGCCAGCAGCAAGCCAGCAUCCAUAGUUAACAGCACUGGGGCAAUCAUUUCAAAGAGUCAGACCAGCCUGGUAGAAGCCUUCAACAAAAUCCUCAAUAACAAAAACCUGCUGCCCAUUUACAAACCAGAUCUGAGCUCUCCUCUCCCGGCGGAGUGGGGCAUUUCUCUUCCUGCACAGGGCUACCGCUGUCUGGAGUGUGGUGAUGCCUUUGCCCUGGAACAGAGUUUGGCACAACACUACGAUCGUCGUUCACUAAGGAUUGAGGUGACCUGCAAUCACUGCGCUAAACGGCUGGCCUUCUUCAACAAGUGCAGUCUGCUUUUACAUGCCAGAGAGCACAAGGAGAGAGGGCUGAUCAUGCAGUGUUCGCACCUGGUCAUGAAACCUGUACCUGUGGAGCAGAUGAUCAGUCAGCAAGAACCAGCAUCGGGACAGACUACUGCAAAGCCAGCACUCCAGGCACAUCCUUCAGUAGCUUUCAAGAAAGAAGCAGACACAGUCCAGUACACAAGUACUAAAUGUCCUGAGUGUCUGGCUCAGUUUGGCAGCAGAGAUGAGAUGUCUAACCAUUUUCAAGAAACCAAAACGACUCAAAGCACUCCUUGUACAGAGUGCUCUCCUCCCAUGCUCCUCCCCAACAGCUGCAGUGCAGCAGCACAUCAGCGUAUCCACCAAAGCUGCUCACCACAUGUUUGUCCAGAGUGUGGAGGCACAGUCAAGCAAUCACUGUUUCAAAAACAUCUGCACGAGACCUGUUUGCACUUUUCCCGCCGCAUUGGGUACAGAUGUUCUAGUUGCCUGGUGGUGUUUGGAGGACUUAACUCAGUGAAGUCUCACAUCCAGCAGGCUCAUUGUGACAUGUUCCACAAGUGCCCUAGUUGCCCCAUGGCUUUCAAAUCUGCCCCCAGCAUUCAGAGCCACAUUACUUCUCAACACCCAACACUAACCGAUGGACAGUCAAUGUAUAUGGAGUUGAUCUAUAAAUGUGUCAUGUGUGACACAGUGUUUACACACAAGCCCCUGCUGUACGCCCACUUUGACACUCAUUUAACCAAUCAGAAGGUGCAUGUGUUUAAAUGCCCAGAGUGCACCAAGCUGUUUUCUCAGAGGAAUUCCCUGCUGGACCAUUUCAAGACCCACAAGAUGUCCAUGUUAAAAGAAGAGCUGUCCCCUUCUUCACAUUUACCUGUAAAAUUCGAGAGCUCAGAAGGAGAAGAAUCGAUGGGUAAACAGAAAGUAAUGAAAGUGAAGACAGAAAGGAUGAAGACCCCUUCAAAGUGGAAGUGUUCAACUUGCAACACACACUAUACAGAACGGGAGGACUACAUUACCCAUAUGGGGGAACGGCAUGGCAAGAUUUUGAAGAAGUUUCCCUGCAACAAAUGUGAGAGCUCUUUCACCACCACCUCCAGUAUGAGGCGUCACAUCAGAGAUAAACACAAAGUCAUGAGUCGUGGCUUCUGCUGCCAGUUUUGCUCCGAGGGUAAGAAAACUUUCAGCAGCAGAGCUAUGUUGGAGAGACACAUUGAGCUGAGACACAGCAUUAGUAAUACCAGCCAGGACACGCUGAUGAGAGGUGAUGAGGCUGAUAGUUCAUCAGAACAGGACGGCAGUUUGGGGUCUCGCCGGAGACGUAAAGCAGCUGUGAAGGUGGAGCAGGAUGAAGGGUUCACAGACAGGACAAGUCCAGUAAAGAAGCUGCGGACCACCUCCUCUUCUGCUGCUUCUUCAUUACUGCCCGAGUCAGGCUUUGUCUGUGCCCCCUGUGGCUUUACCACAGAGAAUAAGGAGAUGUUCUUGGAGCACAUCAGUCAGCACAGACAGGGAGGGACAGAUGGCGGAGGUCUGCAGUGUCUGCAGUGUGGCGCCUGCUUCACAUCCACCUCCUCUCUGUCCCGCCAUCGCUUCAUUAUGCACAAAGUGAGAGAGGACAGCCAACAGGCCCUCAGUGUGUAUCAGUCAUCCUCACCCGGUAAUGUCAAGAACCAUGAUUAUAAAAGUUCUUUUAAUGGUUCUGCACCAGCUUCACCCUCCAGUCAACCCUCCACAGGUCAGGGCAAAGAAGAGGAUGGCGUACUGGCCUGUAAGGUGUGUGGUAAACACUUUGAAAAGGCAACAGAUCUGAAUACACACUUCAGAACUCAUGGAAUGGCUUUUAUCAUUGCAAGGAAUGCUGGAAAAACUACCUAAGAC